GCUCCUCCAUCCUGGCACUUCGCUCCAUCCUGGUAACUCACAAGUCCCCGGACCAAAAACAGGAAGUUCAGGAUGAGUUCGGCUGCGGAGGACGAAGACGCUGCAGCUUUAGAAACCGUGAAGUCGGUGACGUUGACUCAGGACAGCGAUGGAAGCAUCAUCCUGCACUGUCCUCAAACCGACGAGGACUCGGAGCCUCUUCAGAAGAAGCUUCGGCUCUCCGCAGACGAACAAGACGACUCGGACGCUCCUCAGUUCUCCGUCGUCACGUUACCCAUGUCGGAGAACGACGAGAGCUUCGAGGUGACGAUGACGGCGACGGCAGACGGCGAUCUCUCCGAGGACGGCGUCGCUCAGAUCCAGAUUCUUCAGGAGGACGAAGACUCUCUGUCGCCCAAUCAGAAGACGGAAGUGUCUCCGGUCAGUCAGGCCUGGUUCACCACCAAAGAAGACAAAGACACGCUGGCCAACAAAGGUCACAAGUGGAAACAGGGAAUGUGGUCUAAAGAGGAGAUCGACAUCCUGAUGAGCAACAUCGACCGAUACGUGAAGAGCCGCGGCAUCGAAGAUCCUGCAGAGAUCAUUUUCGAGAUGUCCAAGGAGGAGAGGAAGGACUUUUACCGCUCGGUGGCUUUGGGGCUAAACCGGCCGCUGUUCGCCGUCUACAGGCGAGUUCUACGGAUGUACGACAACCGGAACCACGUCGGGAAGUAUACUCCUGACGAGAUAGAGAAGCUAAAAGCACUGAGAGAGAAACACGGGAACGACUGGGCGACGAUCGGAGCAGCUUUAGGCCGAAGUGCCUCCUCAGUCAAAGACCGCUGCCGGCUGAUGAAGGACACCUGCAACACAGGUAAAUGGAGCGAGGAGGAGGAGCGACGCCUCGCCGAGGUCGUGUACGAGAUGGCGGGCGUGUCGCCGGGGUCGGCGGUCACCGGGGGCGUUUCCUGGGCGACCGUCGCCGAUCAGGUUCGCACGCGCUCAGAGAAGCAGUGUCGGUCGAAGUGGCUGAACUACCUGAACUGGAAACACAGCGGAGGGACGGAGUGGACGAAGGAGGACGACCUGAACCUCAUACGAAGGAUAUCGGAGCUGGAGGUGGAGGAUGAGAAUGAGCUGAAGUGGGAGGACCUGGCUGGCGGCUGGAGCAGCGUCCGGUCGCCUCAGUGGCUGCGAUCCAAGUGGUGGAGCAUCAAGAGACAAGUAGCCAAUCACAAGGAGAUCCCCUUCAACGUCCUCCUGAAAGGCCUCCAGGAGCUGAUGGCGUCCUCGCAGUCGACGUCCGGACCAGGAAGCCCCUCCUCCUCCUCGCUGCAGAUCCGACUCACCCGAUUGGACGAGAGGAGCGGAAGCCCCGCCCCCAGCUCCGUGGCGGCGCUGCAGAUCCCCGUUCAGAUCCCGCUGCAGAUCACACACCUGGCCUCCGACUCUGCAGCAGCAGCAGCGUCCAGCGACUCGGAGACGAUCACCCUGAACACCGGAGCUCUGCAGACCUUCGAGAUCCUGCCGUCGUUCCACCUGCAGCCCACUGGGACUCCAGGGACCUACUACCUCCAGACGUCGUCCAAUCAGAGCCUUCCGCUCAGCCUGGCCAAUAACAGCACGGUUACCCUGACGACGGGCUCCUCGCCGUCGCCGCACGAGCACAUCAUCCUGCACAGCCUGUCGACCGACGGCCUCUGCUCCAGCGACGGCGUCAUCAUCCAGACCGUCACCUCUGACUCCGCCUCCUCCGACCCCCUCGGCCAAUCGCAGCUGGUGGUGGAGGGGCGGAGCCAGGACGACCGCCUCGACGCCACCAGUCUCCUGGAGGGUUCGGAGGGCGUCGUCACGGAAACGCAGGAGCCAAUCACAGGCGGCUUCACUGACAAGGGCCUGAGUUCGCCCUCUGUGGAGGGUCCAGUGGUGCAUUCUGGGAUAUCGUCUGGCAGCGCCGUGCUGAUCGUGUCUCCUCCCAACAUCAGCAGCACACUGACAGAUCCCAUCUUGGAGAACCAGGACGGGUCCGACUGAGCCGGACUCUGGUGGACCUCCUGCCUCCGUCUGCAGCAGCCGUGAGUUACAGACUGUUCAGACCAGGACACGAGCUCUUUACGAACCCUGAACCCUGGAUUAAUGUGAACUCCUCACAGCGGUGCCAAAGACUGUAGCGGCCCGGAUCCAUAGAGGUCUGGAUGUGAACUGGGCCUUUAGAACCGCCGCGUUCAGACCCAACGUAAAGACGGACGACGCCUCGCUCUCCGGCCGCGAAGCUCAAACCUCCGUCGUCCAUCUUUAUCUGUGACGUAAACAUGAAGGAGAAACGAUCAAGUGAAACCGUUUCAGUCGGUUUCUGCUCAACUUUGUGUUUCUGUUUUUAGUAAAAAUCGCAGCUCAGACCGGAUUUAUUUCCUCCAGACGUCGUAACGCACAACGUGUCCUUCUGGAUUUUAUAGAAAAACAAGUAUUGCACCUUUAUUCAGCCGUAACAUGAAGAUCAAGUGUUUGUUUAGUUGUAGGGACGUUCUGAAGAUGUUCUGCGACACAAACCAAAGGCACUAAAUACCAUAAAAUAAUGAAAUAAAUGUUUUUAAUUCAUCAA